AUGCGCGCGACGACGCCGCGCGUCGCGCCCGGCGUCGCGCCCGCGCGCGACGGACGACGACGCGGCGUCGCGCGUCGCGUCGUCGCGCGCGCCGCGGGCGCGGACGAGGCCGCGGCGCCGCCGCGCGGGAAAUCCGAGGCGUACGACCAGGCGCGCGUCGCCGUCGAGCGCGCGCUCGAAAAGUCGACGAAGCGCGCGACGAAGCGCCGACGGUCGAGCGGGCGAGCGGUCGGGAAACCGGCGCGGUUGGCGGUGGAGCUGCCGGUGAACGAUGACUCGGACGCGGCGCUGAUCGAGAUGGCGACGGGGACGCUGGGCGACGGCGCGAGAGACGCGACGGCGGUGUUCGGAAGGGCGAGCGCGGCGAAACUGGCGCGAGAGAUGGGAAGCGCGAUGGAGUGCGUGAGCGUGGAUGACGCGUGGACGGCGGCGGACGCGGCGGCGAGGGAUGGGAUCAUCGCGUUGGUCGGAGUGCCGAGCGAUCGGGUGGAGGCGGCGAUGCGCAAGUGUCGAGCGGGAGAGGGAAGGCCGACGGUGUGCGUGAACGUGGAGUGGGAGCACGACGGCGACGGGGGGUUGGCGUGGUCGAUGUCGCGACAACAGGCUGGGGUGGACGACGCGGCGCCGAGCGAUGUGGAGGCGUUUGCGAAUUCGUUCGUCGUGGUGUACUCGUUCCUGCCGCUGAAUAUCCAAGCGUCAAUGUUCGCGUCUUCGCUCGAGGGCGCGGUGUUUAAGUGCGUGCGAGGAGGCGCGCCCGCGGGAACGCCGUGGCGAAUCUUAGUGAAAGAGAAGGGCGCGUUCGCGCAGGUCGGGGCGAUGCAGCGGCGACCUCAGCAAACGGAUUUAGAGGCGGCGUUGUACAACUCCAUCGCAGCCAAGUCGCCCGUGAACGAAGCCGUGGGCAAAGCCAGCGGUUUCUUCCGCGGGCUCAUGAACAAGGACAAGUGA